AUGGCGGCACACUGUCGCUCUCCGCUGCUGCUGCUGCUGUUACCCUUCGUCUGCUCCCUCCGUUUUCCGUCCGUCCUCAGCUCGAAGGCGGUGAGCGGCCCGGCCGAGCCGCCCAACCCCCCCGCGGCCCGGGCCGCCGAGCCCCCGGUCCGGGAUGCACCUGCCGCCGGGGCCUCCCCGCCCCGAAGGACGGCCGGCUGGAGGCUGGCGGAGGAGGAGGCCUGCCGGGAGGACCUGCUCCGCCUCUGCCCCAAGCACACCUGGACCAACAACCUGGCCGUGCUGGAGUGCCUCCAGGACCGCAGAGAGGACACCGACAUCGCUCCCGACUGCAACCAUUUCGAGUCUGUGGCGACAGAAGUCUGCAAGAGCACCAUCUCUGAGAUAAAGGAGUGCAGCCAGGAGGAGCGUGGGCGGGGCUACCUGCUGUCCUGCCUGGUGGAUCACCGUGGCAACAUCAGCGAGUACCAGUGCAACCAGUACGUGACGAAGAUGACCAGCAUCGUGUUCAGCGACUACCGGCUGAUCUGCGGCUUCACCGACAAAUGCAAAGAGGACAUCAACAGCCUGCGGUGCGGCAGCGUCAACGUGGGCCACAAGGACGUCCACUCCCAGGGCGAGGUCAUCGCCUGCCUGGAGAAGGCGCUGGUCCGGGAGGCGGAGCAGCAGGACCCCGUCCGGCCAAUCAGAGAGGAGUGCCAGAAGGCCAUCCUGCGGGUGGCCGAGCUGUCCUCGGACGACUUCCACCUGGACCGCCACCUUUACUUCGCCUGCCGGGACGACCGCGAGCGCUUCUGCCAGAACACUCAGGCAGGAGAGGGAAAAGUCUACAAGUGUCUGUUCAAUCACAAGUUCGAGGAGUCCAUGUCGGAAAAGGACUACCGGGUCAGCUACUCUCUGGCCAAAGCCUGCCGGGCUGACCUGAGGAAGCAGCGCUGCAGCCUGGACAGCAGCCUCCCCCGCGCCCGCGAGGCCCGCCUGUCCUACCUGCUGCUGUGCCUGGAGGCCGCCGUGCACCGCGGCCGGCCGGUGAGCGGGGAGUGUCAGGGGGAGAUGCUGGACUACCGGCGGAUGCUGAUGGAGGACUUCUCCCUGAGCCCGGAGAUCGUGCUGCACUGCCGGGCCGAGAUCGAGGCGCAGUGCUCCGGCCUGCACCGCAAGGGCCGCACGCUGCACUGCCUGAUGAGGGCCGGCCGCGGGGACCGCAGCGCCACGGUGGACAGCGUCUGCCAGAGCGCCUUGCAGACGUUGGUGCAGUCUGCCGACCCCGGCGCCGACUACCGGAUCGACCGCGCCCUGAACGAGGCCUGCGAGAUCCUGUCCUGCCUGAUGGAGCACCUGUACACGGAGAAGAUGGUGGAGGACUGCGAGCACCGGCUGCUGGAGCUGCAGUACUUCAUCUCCAGAGACUGGAAACUGGACCCCACCCUGUACAGGAAGUGCCAGGGGGACGCCGCCCGCCUCUGCCACACGCACGGCUGGAACGAGACCAGCGAGCUGAUGCCGCCGGGCGCCCUGUCCCGGGACUGUAAGGUGGAGGUCCAGCGGAUCCUCCACCAGAGGGCGCUGGACGUGAAGCUGGACCCGGAGCUGCAGCGCCGCUGCCUCACUGACCUGGGCAAGUGGUGCAGCGACAAGACCGACACGGGCCAGGAGCUGGAGUGUCUGCAGGAGCAUCUGGAGGACCUGGUGUCCGGCUGCAAGGACGUCGUGGGCAACCUGACAGAGCUGGAGUCAGAGGACAUCCAGAUCGACGCCCUGCUGAUCCGAGCCUAUCUGAUGGAGUGUCUGGUGCAGAACAAACACCAGAAGGAGAUGAACGACAAGUGCACAGUGGGCGUCACACACUUCCAGCUGAUUCAGAUGAAGGACUUUCGCUUCUCCUACAAGUUCAAGCUGGCCUGCAAGGAGGACGUCCUGCGCCUGUGUCCCAACAUCAAGAAAAAGGUGGACGUGGUCAUCUGCCUGAGCACCACGGUGAGGAACGACACCCUGCAGGAGGUCAGGGAGCAGCGGGUGUCUCUCAAAUGCCGAAAGCAGCUGCGGGUGGAAGAGCUGGAGAUGUCGGAGGACAUCCGGCUGGAGCCGGAGCUGUUUGACCCCUGCAAGUCGGACAUCAGCCGCCUCUGUCCCAACGUGGCCUUCGGGAACGCUCAGCGCUUCUGCACGGAGGCGGACGCCCGGAACGUGCUGCAGUGCCUGAAGCAGAACAAGAACAGCGAGCUGAUGGACCCCAAGUGCAAGCAGACCAUCACCAAGAGGCAGAUCACCCAGAACACGGGAGGACGGACAACCUCAUCCUCAUGCUCCUCCUUUUCCUCCUCAUCCUCCUCCUCCUCCUCAUGCUCCUCCUUUUCCUCCUCAUCCUCCUCCUGA